UAUCUCAGAUAUGACAAGUUGUCCCGUGAUGUCGUCUUAUCAAAGCAGGUCGUCUCGACUAAAGGGCUCCGGCUGAACGUGUCCCCCUGUUCUCCUCACUUGUGACAACUCGGUAGAAGAGCUACCAGUGGACUCGAAAGAAACCUGCUGCGAACGACGUUUGGUUUUUCUUGAAAUAUACUAGAGGACUAUAUUUGUCAACAGGGUCACUGUAUCAAAGCAAAAAGAUGGAAUCGAAGACGAUAGCUGUUUUGGUCUUGUUGAGUUUGUGUGGUGCUGUCAUGUGCCAAAACAACACCACCACAACGCAAACGCCAACAACGACCGUCAUCACCACCACAACGGUGCCGACAACAACCGCCACAACACAACAAACAACAACAACGGCUGCACAAACAACAACGUCAGCACAAACAACAACUGCCGCACAAACAACAACGGCUGCACAAACAACAACGACCGCGCAAACAACGACAACAGCGGCAAUAACAACCUCAAAUACAACAGUGAAUGGAACAACAGCAGCAGCGGUGACGACGACAGCAGCAGCGGUGACGACGACAGCAAUGGCGACAACUCAGGCACCACCAACGCCGAAACCCGACACUAAGUACGAGGUUAUUGGGGAAAACGGCACGGUUUGCAUCGUGGCCGAGAUGCAGUUUGAGCUGGACAUAGUGUAUAACUUACAAGCACCACAAGAUGCGACCGCUCGCCAAAAAGUCACUGCAGCAAAUAUAACAGCUGGUGGCUCCUGCAACGAGGGGGUCACUACGCAGUAUCUGUGGCUUGAAUUUAAUGAGGGUAUUAAUGGGUCCUGGACAUUAAACCUUACCUUUACAAACCAGGUUUCGUAUGACGGUGUCACUGCUCAGGCGGCAACCUCCUACAAACUAGAUAAUAUCGAACUAGACUAUGUGAUAGAUCCUAAUUAUUUUGAUGGUCCUGCGGAGACAGACAUAGGCAAGAGAUUCUACGCAGAGUUCAAACCAUCAGAGAAUGAAGACACCGCUGUCAACGUUAGCGCGAGCCAAUAUUACACUUGUAGUGAACGGCUUUCUCUUGGAGACGCAGACGACACACAGAUCAUGUUUACACAACUAAAAUUCCAAGCAUUCCGAGACACAAAUGACGCAGAUUUUAAGGGACAAGAGGCUCAGUGUACGCCGAACUCUACAGGGGGGCUUACCAACGAUCAGAUUCUUGGAAUUGCCCUGGGAGGCACCGCGGGGCUCAUCGUUAUAGUGUCAGUGCUCGCCUGUCUUAUCAAGCCGCGGAGAAAGGGAUACCAAGAAAUGUGAUAAGUAGUGCGAACGGAAUGACACUAUAAAUAAAUGAUAAUUGGUUGGAAAGCGUUUGAGAACAAAACUUUUAUAUCAUAUAUAGACUUAUUUUUGUACAGGAAUGAUAAUCAUGUCAUGUUUACAAAUAUUUCUUGACCACGAAGUCUUAAUUUGUCGAAUUGAUGGGGAUUAACUGGUACCAGUAAUUUGGUAAAAGGGAUAACAACUCUUCGUAUGGGAUCCAUAUUUUACAAUAAAUACACUGUGAACCAUUCACAGAAAUAUAAGAAAUUCUAUUUUACUACCAAAACGGCAGUUAUCGCAAUUAUUUUGGAAUCUGUGCUUUGCAUCGGAUCUCGUGACCUCCGUAGAUGGCUACCCUCUGUAAAUAUCUCUUAAGAAAUAAUUAUAUUAAAUAAUAAUAAUAUUUAUAAUAAUGACUUUUUAGAAAAAAAAGCGACUAACUUUGAAUGGAUUCAUUAACCACUGGUAAGCAGCAGUAUAUAAACGGAAAAUUGCCGUUCUUCCCAGGAAAAAACAUUUUUUGGCUAAAAAGAACAGUUGUUAUCCCUUUGAAUUUUAAGCUGGUCAUACAUGUAUCAAAUCAUUACAAGAUAUUAGAAUUAGUAGUACGUAACAGUAUGAUGUUACUGCUCGAAUAUAGUCUAAUGAUGUUUGUGUGCCAAACUGUUUGAAAGCUGUUUAUCAACCUAGUCGUAUACGUUGUUGUAAUCCACCAAAGAAAAAACCGUUAACUGUAGAUACCAGCAUUGUUAAAGUUAUGUUGAAUAUGAAAAUUGUCGCUUGUAGGCUUUGUUAGUUUUUACAGUGUAACUCGUGAAAUAAAAUGAUACAUGUACAUGUAUAGGAAAAAAUCUGACGUAAUUUUCAUUAUCUCGUCAUUAAUGGGUUAACGCUUAGGUUGGCAAAGUGUUAAUGAUGCCAGGAUCAGAAAAAAAAUCUUGAGGUUAAGAUGUUGGCACAGUGCAAUAAAAACCUCAAUAUAUGA